GAGACAAGCGCUCGGGAGCAUGUAUUCAGGAGCCUGUUCAAGAGAGCUAGUGAUACCUUUGACGCGGAAGACUUCGAGGAAAGCGAGCGUCUCUGCCGUCUGCUUUUGGCAUACACCGACCUUAGCACUUUUCAUAAGGCAGGAUGUCAUCGUAUCCUAUCGCUUGGUGACAGGAACUUUCUCUGGCAUGCCGAACAAGCCGUCCAACAGUAUCAGCAUCUUUUCUAUCCAAACGGAGACUCUACUGGGGACCAUCUUUUGAGCGAUGCCCAGAUCGAGAUCCGUGAUAGUAUUCUCGAGGAUACUUACAGGAACCUCGCUCAGGCCGAAAUGGAUCAUGUUGAGAUACAGUGUGACUACGCAGAAAGAUGUGAGCGAUUCAAGACCAUAUACGGAUACCAACCUACCAUCAAAGACGUC